CAUGGUUCAACUUUGAGCUAAUUCGCGCCGACGAACAUCACCAUUAUCACGAUAUCCCAAUAUCCCAGCAAGAUCUUCGGGUGCCUACUUGGAGUGUCUGAAGACUGCGCGCUUUAUCCAGAUCACGCCGAAUAGAGUGGCACUGAUUGUUCUGUUAAGGAUACAUAAUAUUCGAGAUCGAAACACCAAGAGGCCCAUCAGCUGACCAGUGUUUUUUUUGUUUUCUUUCUUCCGCUUUCCGUAACCGACAAUUACAACGUUCCCUGUACAGCACGCAUCGAUUGCGACACGCGCACUACUACAAUCCUCUCUCUAACAGGGGAUGGCAGAGAAGCUCACCGAAAAACAGGUCGCUGACCUUGUCGCCAUUCUGCGCACCGAUGCCUCGAUCGAUGCCAAAGUCCAACAGGUGACGGGAGUGAAGUCUAGCAUAAAGCAGCACAAUGUCCCCGAACCUUGCAUCGUUCCCCUAUUCGAUGCGCUGCGCACAGCUUCUAGCUCCCAGCACGCCGUUCUCGUCAAUGCUGGUUUUUCGGCCCUCAAUCACCUGCUCGCCCGACUUUCGCGACAAGAGCCCAAGUAUCUCUCCAAGGAGGCUUCCCGGACUCUACCGCUCGUCACCGAGAAGCUAGGUGACCAGAAGGAGAAAAUACGCCAGCUCGCGAUCCAAUGCUUGGUAACAAUAUACAAGGUCGCUUCUCAGGACGUCGAGCGCCUGGUGCGCGACACCGUCAUGACCGGGAAGAGCUCUAGGGCCAAGGAGGCCGCCUUACAGUGGCUUCUACAAAUGCACCAAGAACACGGCCUGCAGUUCCGGGCCUAUGUCCCGGCACUGAUGGAGCUGCUGGAGGAUGCAGAUGGCAUGGUACGCGAGGUGGCCAAGUCCACAGUGAUCGAGCUGUUCAGGAACGCCCCCAACGCAGCGAAAUCAGACCUCAAGAAGCAGCUAAAGAAUUUCAGGGUCCGGCCGGCGAUAGAGCAGGCAAUCGUCAAGGAGCUCAAUCCUACGGGCUCAGGCCUCGUCUCGCAAACUGAAAGCUUGAGCGAACCUCUUCCGUCUCAACCCACUCUUGCCGCGAGUGUCUCGUCUCUCGCCGAGCGGCCCGUCACGCCGAUGCUGGACAACCGCCCCGAUCAAGUAGAGCCGCUGUACGUGAAUACCCAGCGCGAGCUCGAAGAGAUUUUGAGAGAGAUGCAUUUCCAUUUCGACGGCAAGGAAACAGAGCAAAACUGGCUGAAGCGAGAAGAGAGCAUCAUAAAACUGCGAAGACUCAUAGCCGGCAACGCGGCGACCAACUUCAGCGAACCGUUUCUUAGCGGGCUUAGGGCGCUCCUAGACGGGAUCAUCAAGGCUGUCACCUCGCUGAGGACCAGUCUCUCCAAGGAGGGCUGCAGUCUUGUUCAGGACAUGGCGAGAGCGUACGGUCCUGCGAUGGACCCAAUGGUGGAACUGCUCAUGCAGACGUUCGUCAAGCUCACAGCCGCCACCAAAAAGAUCAGCUCGCAAUUGGCAAACGCCACGGUCGAUGCCAUCAUCUCGAGGGUUACCUACAACGCGCGUCUCAUGCAGCAUAUUUGGCUUGCGUGCCAAGAUAAAAAUGUCCAGCCGCGGCUCUACGCAUCUGGUUGGCUGAAAACGCUACUGAACAAGGAAGCCAACCACAAGAACCAUGUCGAACAUACUGGUGGACUGGAUCUGAUUGAGAAGUGUAUCAAGAAAGGGCUCGGUGAUGCAAACCCUGGCGUGAGAGAGAAGAUGCGUGCGACCUACUGGACAUUCGCCAAUAUCUGGCCGGCAAGGGCCGAGGCUAUCUUGAACGGGCUCGAUCCAACGGCGACGAAGCUGCUGCAGAAUGACCCCCAUAACCCGAACCCUCCCAAGAAGUCAGAAGUUGCCGCACGCCCUGGCUUAGGCCUGUCUAAGAGCACCAUGGGAACUUCAAAACCGAGUCUCCGUGAAACCAUGCUCGCGCAGAAGAGAGCAAUUGCAUCCAAGACCAUCCCGCCCCGUCCGGGCUCAGCCAUGUCACACUUUUCGCCUGUCCGGACGGUGUCGGGCACCUCUCAAUCCUCCUCGGGCACCACAACAUCCACAGUGCGCACAAGGCCCGAGUCAGUCAUUGGCUCCACAGGCGGGCUCUCGGGAGCUCCUGUGAGGCCUGGAAGGAGAAGACCGGAAGUAGCUGCUCGUCCAGCGACAGCGGGGCCGUACUCUGUUAGAAGCCAUGACCAGCCCUCAACCGAGCAGUCUAGCCCCCCCGACCUUCGCAGGACUAAGGCGGUCACACCCAAGCCAAUCGCAUCGUCACCGAAAAGGACAGUCCCUAAGACGGCUCGUCCCGGUCAAGUCGCAAGUGCCAACGAGCCACAGGCUCCAACGCCAACGAAAGUGGGAACCCCGAAGGCCUUUGCAUCUCCUCGCGCCACCCCCACGAGAAUUACACUACCCCCCUCGUCAAGCAGCCCAUCAAAGGCGGACGAAGAAUUCACCCUGAUUGUGCCGACUCUGCAAGCUGUCCAAAGUCCCCCUCAAAAGGAGAGACCAUCCACUCCACGCGGAACCGCGUCGCCGGCUCCGAGUCCCUCAAACACGCCUUCACGUAUUCCACACCUUGGCCCGGCCCUUCCCCCAGCCCUCCUCGAGACUGCAGCUCCCAUUGGAACAACACCGACCCCGGCUGGUUCUCCUAUGCGAACGGUUGAGCCAGCCUCGGCUGCUCCCACCAGUCCGACCAAGCCGUUGGAGGUGUAUGAGGACCCAUCUACUGCGGACCAUCAGGCGACACCUCAGCCAACCUUUAACAGUAAAAUCCUAGAAGACAGGCCGAUCAACGAAGAUGCGGCGACCCUCCAGGAAGCCAUCCGGCAACAACAGAACGGCGAAGCCAACGGCGUCCCUCACUCUCCGGAGCGCGGAAAGCAAAACGCGCGCCUCCUAGACAGCGGCAUCGCCAAGGUCCAGCAGAAAUCGCUGGACGUGCACGGCUUCCGCAAGCUGCAGGGGAUCAUCCGCGAUAGCAAGACCACGGCGCUGCUAACAGACGAUAGAUUUGACGCGCUCGUGUCAGGCCUCUUUGCCUUCCUCGAGUCACCGUUGUCGAAUUUGGCCCCAGAGAAAUCCCAAGACGUCAAGGCGCAAAUCUUGGCGACCAUCAAGUUGCUACUGAAGAAGAUGCGCGACAACUUCCGCCCGCACGUCUCGAGAAGCCUGGAGAGCCUCGUCCGUGCGCGCGCCACUUACGAAGGGCGGACGCACAUGGUGAGCGGGCUGGAGCUCCUGGCGACCGACCUGGUUGCCCUAGGUGACCCGGCUGAGAUGGUCACGGUGCUGACGAGGAUGCUGGCGGGCAUGGACGUGGACGGCGGCGUCGGCGGUGCGGGAGGCGGUGGUAAUAGCGCCGAGGGAAGAUCGUUGAGUAUGGGGAUGCACAUUCUCCGGGAGAUGCUGGAUUCGAGGGCCGGCCCGGCGGGUUACGUGCCUUCGGAGGGGGAACUGCAGGCCUUGGCGGGGCUCGCGGCCAGGUGUCUUGAGAGCUUGGAGUCGGCGGUCAGGAUGGAUGCCGUUCUGCUCUGCGUGGCUAUCCAUGCCAGGGUUGGCGAUGCCAAGUUUUGGGAGGCGGUCAAGGGCGUCAGGGACGAUCCCAAGAGUUUGAUCAUGUACUAUAUCACCAAGCGGCAGAGAGAGAUGGGCGCGGCGGCGGCUGCGGCUGGGCUGGUCGCUUGAUUGGGCGGUUGGAUUCGGGUUUUCGGUUUUAUGUUCUUUUAAUUGUGCCCGGGGGAUUGGUUUGGUGCCGCGCCGCACCGCAUCGGAUGUCACGACGUAGGUUGUAUACAGUACCAUUGAUCAGGGAUCAGGACUGGGAAAUGGCAAAGAAAAGGGAGAAAUCGGGUGAAUCAUCAGGGGCGUCUUUGGUGUUGGAGUCUCCUCACUGGACACGGGCGUUGAAGUUAUCGAAGGCUGUGAAAAGCGUCCUGGGCUAACUUUCGUGUUGUUUUCAAACUGCGAAUGAACCCUAUAUCACCGGCUGGCCUUGAUCGGUCAGUAUCCGCAGCCUCGGCGUUGCUGGGCCGUUAAGUGUUUGCU